AUGUUCCCCGGAGCGUUCGGCUCACAGGACUCAUCUUCUCACAGAAACCACCACACUCUGUCUGAGUUUCCAGCCACAGAGCCCGAAGUUGGGUCCUUGUCUUCAUUGGUCGAAUCACCGGACUUUUCACAGAUUCUGCCCGGCUCUGCCACUCCUUGGUCUGCUCAGAGUCAUACUACUAUAGAACAUUCGCAAUCGACACGAGAUUUCGGACUGUCGGUUCCCCCGCAGCACUCCACGUCAACGCUGGAUUCCAGCCCGAAUCAGCCUCGCAAUCAGGUUGUCUUGAACGACCAACAGAGACCAAUUACCCGGUCUUCUCUUGAAAGUCAGAACCCUACUGAAGGGCACCUUGCUCUAGAAAAUACCCCGGGCCUUGGCAUCUCAUCAUACCCUAUGUCAGCAGUAUCAGACGCCUAUUUUGCUAGCCCGAUGCAGCAUCCUCAUCACUAUGCUUGGGCAAAUCGCCCGUAUCAUCCUGUGCAAGCACCACAUGAACACAUGAGUCCACCAUUUGCAUCUUCGCAGUCAUCCUACUCUUCAACAGGCUACCCAGUUGGAUAUCUUAGCCAUUCGAGUGGCCCCCUACCUAGUUAUGCGCAGCAAGUACCGGGAUCUUACCUUACAGCACCUGGGAGUGCUGCUCGACAGAGCCAACCUCGGAGUCCCCCUAUGGCACGUCCUUUCCAGUCCGCUUCUACCUCAAAUACGCCUCCGCUGCCCCAGCAGCCUCUCAUGACUACCAGUCCUCCUUAUAUGAUGAGCCAACCAGCCUACUACUUUGCUGAGCCAACAUCAAUCCCAUCCCAGCCCUCGUCCAUCAACUCUCAGCCACCACCAAUGGUCUCCCCAGAGCCAAUGUACUCCCCAUCCAAUUCAGCGGCAACAUCAGAUACAGAUCAAGUCCGAGUAGUCAAUUCACGACCACGACCACAAUGCUGGGAUCAUGGCUGCAACGGUCGCGAGUUCUCAACCUUCAGUAACCUCCUCCGUCACCAGCGAGAAAAGUCAGGCGUCGUCGCCAAAGCCGAGUGUCCAAUCUGCGGUGCGGUGUUUACACGCACGACUGCACGUAAUAUUCAUGUUGCACAAGGGAAAUGCAAAGCGUCGGGCAGGGAAUCGUCUACGGAAUAG